GGUUUUUUUUUUUUGGACAGUGGCAUUAGCUUUUUUAUAAAACGAUUCACCCGGCACGGGAGCGUCAUUAGUUAAACGUGCGACGCGCGUGUGUUGCUUAGAGUGUUGCUUAGCGAUUCGAAACCAUGGUGAUGCGAAAUGUGCGCAAGACGUCGUACUCGGCAGCGUCCGAUGCUGGGUUAGGCCGAGGUCCGAGUGCUCAAGAAUACGAUCCAUCUGCGAGGAUUAUGGUAAAGGUGGCUCAAGGCUCCAUAUACGGCACCAAGGAUCGGCUACCGAACGGAAAGCCGUACUACUGCUUCAAAGGUAUUCCGUACGCGAAGCCACCGGUAGGCAAGCUACGCUUUGCCGCUCCAGUUCCGAUUGAGAAGUACGCAGUGUCGUAUCUGGACUGUAGCCGCGAGCGAAGUAGCUGCUUGGGGCGUGAUGUGAUCACGCGUGAGAUCACCGGUUCGGAGGAUGGACUGUUUCUGAACGUGUACACACCGGCCCUUGGCAGGGUGGUCAAAGCGACGGAAUGCCAGUUACUGCCGGUGAUGGUGUUCUUUCACGGUGGGGGAAUGACCGGUGGCAAUGGUGAUAGUGGCAUGUACCUGCCGGACUAUCUCGUCCAGGAGGGUGUCGUUGUGGUGACGGUGAACUAUCGGCUCGGUGUGCUAGGGUUUCUAUGUCUCCCGCAGGCAGGAAUUGAAGGAAAUGCUGGCUUAAAGGAUCAGCGGUUGGCACUCCAGUGGAUCCAACAGAACGCACAAACGUUCGGCGGUGACGCAGCCAACGUUACCAUCUUCGGCGCCAGCUCCGGUGGCAGUAACGUACUGAUGCAUUGCUUUUCCGAACGAUCGCGCCCCUACUUCCACAAAGCCAUCGCCCAAAGUGCGACGAUAUUUGCGGAUUUAAUCUACCAAACGGAGCCGGAAGAGCGGGCCCGCUCGUUGGCGCGCGUGUUCGGCUACGAGGGCACGUCGGAUGAGGGGGUGCUCGGUACGCUGCGGGACGUUCCGGCCAGGCGUCUGUACGAGGCACAGUUUCUGGUGCUGUCCGAUCGCGAGCGAGAGUAUGAACCGAUCUUUCAGUUUCCCUUUACGGCCGUCAUUGAGCGUGAGGAGUCGGCUGAUGCGGUGCUGCGCAAGACACCGAUGGAAUAUUUGCGUGAGGACGGUCGAAUGACGGUGCCGGUACUGUGUGGGUAUAAUGAUAAGGAGGGCAUGCUGGAGCUGGUGGAUAUGAUCAAGAACUUGUCGGUGUACAACAGCCGGCCGGAGAAGUUUAUCUGCCGAUCGUUCGAUGUGGAUUACUUCAGUCCGGCGGCACGGGCACUUGGAGCGGAGGUGAAGAAGCAUUACUUCGGUGAGAUGGCUAUAGGGCGGGGGAAUCUGAACCAGCUUGUGGAUCUGCUAACGGAUCGGUUCGUCGUGGGGUACUAUGUGCUCUGUAAGCUGUGGAGUGAACAUCAGGCGAACACUCCACUGUACUCGUACCGCUUCACGUACGAAGGCUCACUGAACAAGGGCAAGGAGUUGCUCAAGUUUCAACAUCUACCGGGAGCUUGUCAUAUCGAUGAAGUGUACUACCUGUUUAGUUCUCCGUUGCUGCGCACGGAGAUCCCUCCCUCGGAUGCGGCUUAUCGUAUGCGGCAGCUAAUGGUACGCAUGUGGACUAACUUUGCGAAACAUUCGGACCCAACACCGCCGUCCGAUCAGGCCAGCAUGCCAUGCCGUUGGGAACCGAUGCGAGCGGUGCCGGGUAAGAACGGCGAGCCUACGAACUAUACGGUGCUUUCGAUAGGGAAGGAGCUAAGCAUGACCACCUUGCCGGAGUUGGCGCGUAUGAGCAAGUUUCUGGAGGUGACCGAACGGUGCAACGGUACGAUCGAUAACUUUGUCAUACCGCGCAUUGACUCGGGACCCGAGAGAAGCAAAAAACGCAGCAGUUGAGUGGUUAAUGUUUGGUUUAGGUAUGCUACUGGUCGAGUGUGGGAUACUGUCCACGGUUGUGAUGCUGAUAUGGAAGUGUGAUGAAUUUGUAAUUAAUGCUUGCUUUUGAUGCUUGCUGCAAUUUAAUAUUCAACAGUUGAAUACUUAAGAAUAAGAGGCCGUUUAUAACAUGUUUAUAUGUUGAUGAAAUAAUGUAUAAAAAUAUAAAAACACCAAAAUUUCAAAAA